AUGACUCGCACCAAGUCCGGAACUAUCGAUAUCGACCCAGAUGGUGAUGGUAUCCUGGGCCUAUCGUUUCAACGAUGCCAAGAUACUAAAGCAGCCCUCUCCGAGCCAGACGUGAAGCAGGAGAUUAAUUCCUCCAACACAGCACAGCACCCGCCCAUUGAAAGUGAAUCGCCUGAAUUCCGGUACAGGGUAUCCUCAAAGCAUCUUAUACUCGCUCCUCAGUAUAUCAAGCAGACUAUCACAAAGCCUCCACCAGAAGGUAGCGAGCAGGACUCCGUCGACCUCGGCCUCUCAGACUGCGACCCUGACGCGCUUCUCAUCAUUCUCAACAUCAUCCACGGAUACAACAGCAAGGUGCCACGAUCUGUUAGUAUCGAGCUUUUACUCGACCUUGCUGCGGUCGUGGAACACUUGCAAUGUCAUGAGGUCGUCGAGGUUUUUGCGUCUAUCUGGAUUCAGCGCGCGAAAGAUGAACAAGGACCAUUAUCAGACGAAGCCUCAUUGGUCUCGAUUGGCUGGGCCUUUAGGGAUAAUGGUACGUUCAAGAAAGCGACAAUGCACUGUCAGCAAUACGGGCUGAGCCUACCCGAUAGUUGCUUGCCUAUACCAGCUCGCAUCAGAGACGAUCUUGAAAACACACAGGAAAACGCACGCAAUGAGCUAUUUUCCCUCCUCGAACUCGGCCUCAACUGUCUAUGCGAUACAAACAUCCAGUGCUGCUUUUCCUGUGAUGCCAUGUGCCUUGGGCUUCUGGUCAAGCAUCGUACCACACAGGGUAUCCAUAACAAUGAUCCAGAAACCCUCAGCCCAUCGAAGAUGUAUGACUGCAUUCGUCAAUUCCACUACACAAACUGUCAGAGCUAUAGUGGCAAGGCAUGCAGGAAUAUUCGUUGGUUUAACGAUAUGCGGAUUGAAGCAGGCAAGAUCUACGAUACACUGCAGGGACUAGACUUGGAUGAUUAUCUGACGUGAUUUGGAUGUUCCGAUGGGGUUCUUUUCUUUUUGUGUACUUUAUUUAUUUUUUG